AUGUCUCAACCAGUAGACAUGAAUUCUCUAGAAUCCGAUGAUCCAGACCCUAUGGUUGCGCAGCUGCGGAGCCAGUUGGAGAGCUCGACUCCCGGUCCAGCAACGACAGCCAAUGAGUCUAGGUCUCAACACCACAUCAAAGAGGUUCAGCAGCUUCAAGAGCCUGAACCUAUGAAGUCUUACAACAUUGAGAUCCGUGUCCCCAUAGUCGACAAUCCUGGCGACUAUGAAUAUCUUCCGGGCCACUUCGAGGUCCGAUGCAUUCUGCGAGUCGACUCGAGUAACCCCGAGAGGCCGCUGUACACUGUCCGACUGGCCAGUGGAGAACGCGCAACUAUGUCACGCGAUACAUUUAUGAGUCUCGACAAUAGUGCUCAAGCUCUGGACCAUUUCGUUCCGGAGUCGGAAUCGGACGAUGAGCUCAUGACGGUGGGAUAUGGAUCUCGCUCACGCAAUUUAUUCGGCGAGGAUGGGGCAGGAUAUGGAAAGCGGGCUCGCGCGGCUGGACGAAAUUCUCGGCCACGGCGCCAUGCAUCCGCGCGUGGUAGUUUCGCCUCGUUCUAUCAAAUCCCAGAAUCCUCCAGCUCCGACGAAGAUGAGGAUGAGUCAAGCGACAAGGUCAACGAACGUUACCCCAAAAGACACCGUCGGUCAACCCGAGUAAGCAGAAGAGCUGUCUUAUCAUCCGAUGAGGAGGAGGAUUCCUCUUCUCUAGAAGUGCCGACUCGUGCUUCCACUCGUACCCGGAAGACUGUUCGGAAUAACCUUCGAGAGCGGUUAGAAGAUGACCUGUCGGAAGCAGAGAGUGACGUGCCUAAACGACAAAAGUACUCCGGGGCUCGAGAAGCAUUUCCUGAACUUCCGCGGGAUGACGAAUUCCGACUGCGACACUUCGCAUCCUGCGCUUCCUGCAACUUCUAUGAAGAUGAUGACGUCAAAGGAUCCCUUGUCUUCUGCCAGGGUUGCAGCUCAUCGUUUCAUCAACAAUGCCUUGGUCCGCGCAGCAGCCGAGAGCAUCUUGUCACAAAGAUUGACGAGGGGUACUUCAUUCUGCAGUGCCGCCGAUGCCUUGGGAGCGCGCACAGCAAACAUGAUGUAUCCCCUCAUUUGGGCCGGUGUACCGUUUGCAUGGAAGAUGGCGUAAUGUCUCACCCACUGAGGGAGCGUCUUACCUCGAAGGAAGAACAACAGCAACGCGUGGAAAAUGGCGGUACAGAUCCGGUCACCCAUGUUGACAUGGCUCGCAUUAACAAUAUCGACGAUGUCCUCUUCCGGUGCGCAAGAUGCCAGCGGGCUUUCCAUUUUGCGCAUCUCGCGGCAGACCCCUCCCAGGAUCUCUCCGAGGUGAUCUCCCACUACACGACUCAUUGGCAGUGCCAAGAUUGCUCUGAUUCCCCUGGUGAUAUCGAAGCUCUAGUUGCCUGGCGUCUCGUGAACCCGCCCACCAAAGCUUCGAGACUUCCUCUAGCCGAGCUCAUCCCCGAGGUGGAAAAGGAGUACCUCGUUAAGUGGAAGCACAAGUCAUACUUCCGCACCACCUGGAUGCCUGGAGACUGGGUCUGGGGUAUCAGCAAUGCCGCCAUGCGUCGAGCGUUUUUCAAUUCGCCCAAGGCCCGAAAGCCAAUUUGGACCACCAAGGAGGCGAUUCCGGAAGAGAAUCUCCGAGUCGACAUUGUCUUUGAUGUGACCUUUGCCGAUGACACCGAUCCCGAUGACCUGACCAAUCCUGAGCUUGUCAAAGAGGCGUUUGUCAAAUACAAGGGCUUGAAUUAUGAGGACUCGGUCUGGGAAUCGCCCCCGGACCCCAAGGAGACUGGUCGCUGGGAGGACUUCAAGCUGGCGUUCAAUGACUGGCUACAUCGUGAUACUAUUGACCCGCCAAAUCGACAUGACCUUAAGAAUCAUCUAUCCGUUGUUCGACGCCUAAACUUCGAAAGAGAUCUGGUCCUCGACACGCAACCAGAGCUGAUCACUGGUGGCCAGCUUAUGGAUUACCAGCUGGACGGUGUGAACUGGCUGUACUACAUGUUCAUGAAACAGAAAAACGCCAUCUUAGCCGACGACAUGGGUCUGGGUAAGACUGUUCAGGUGAUUUCGUUGUUUGCAACGUUGAUCGAGAAGCAUCGAUGCUGGCCAUUCCUUGUCGUCGCUCCAAACUCAACGGUCCCCAACUGGCGACGCGAGAUCAAGACUUGGGCACCCGGAAUCCGGGUUGUCACCUACUUUGGCUCGGCGUUCUCGCGUCAAAUGGCCAACGACUAUGAAAUGUUCCCUCAGCGCAGCAAAGCUCUCCGGUGUCAUGUCGCGAUUGCCUCGUACGAGAGUAUGGUCGACGAGGAGGCCAAGAGAGUUCUUAACAGGAUUCAUUGGGCAGGACUGGUUGUCGAUGAAGGACAGCGCCUCAAGAAUGACAAGUCGCAACUUUAUGAACGACUUUGUCGUAUGAAAUUCGACUUCAAAGCGCUUCUUACCGGCACGCCUCUGCAGAACAAUAUCCGAGAGUUGUUCAACUUGAUCCAAUUCCUUGAUCCGGAUAAGGAUGCUGACGAGUUGGAGGAGCAAUACGGCAACCUCACAGCGGAGAACAUUCGAUCACUUCACGACAUGAUCCGCCCAUUCUUCCUUCGUCGGACUAAAGCAGAAGUUCUGCCUUUCCUCCCACCUAUGGUACAGAUCAUCAUCCCAGUCUCGAUGUCUGUCGUGCAAAAGAAGUUGUACAAGUCGAUCCUGGGAAAGAACCCGCAGUUGAUUCAGGCCAUUUGCAAGAAGCAGACUGGCCAGCUGAAGAAGACUGAAAAGCACAAUUUGAACAACAUCCUCGUGCAACUCCGCAAGUGCCUUUGUCAUCCUUUCAUCUACAACAGGGCCAUCGAGGAACAGACAAAUGACCCGGUUGUGGCUUUCCAGCGCAUGGUUGAGGCUUCGGGGAAGCUCAAGUUGCUCAACAUCAUGCUCCCGAAACUGAAAGAGCGGGGGCAUAGGGUUCUGAUCUUUAGCCAGUUCCUGGAGAAUCUUGACAUCGUUGAAGACUUCCUCACUGGUCUUGAGCUUCGCUAUUGUCGACUGGAUGGAAAGUUGACUGCUCGGCAGAAGCAGCAACAGAUUGAUGCAUUCAAUGAUCCCAGCUCCCCGUUCUUCGCUUUCUUGCUGUCAACUCGAUCAGGCGGCGUUGGUAUCAACCUUGCCACUGCCGACACCGUCAUUAUCAUGGACCCGGACUUCAACCCAAAGCAAGACAUGCAAGCUCUUUCUCGUGCCCAUCGAAUCGGCCAGAAGAACACUGUUCUGGUCUUCCACCUGACCACUCGGGCCUCGGUAGAAGAGAAGAUCAUGCAGAAGGGUAAGAAGAAGUUGGCCCUGGACCAUGUCCUGAUUGAGCGGAUGGAAGCCAGUGAAGAUGAAGAGGAUCUAGAGUCUAUCCUCAGACACGGCGCCCAGGCUUUGUUCAAUGACUAUGAUUCGCCGGACAUUCAUUACGAUUCAGAGUCUAUCAACAAGCUGCUCGACCGCAGCCAGGUGGAGAAAGCCGAGCAAAUUGCUUCGGAUACUCCAGCUUCUACGGAGCAGCCGCAAUUCAGCUUCGCACGUGUGUGGCAGAACGAUCGUGGCACUCUUGAGGAAGUCACUGAAAGUGAGGACACUCCUGUUGAUGCCACUGUCUGGGAGGAAAUUCUUCGCGAGCGGGAGCGUGACGCAAGAGAGGAAGAAUUCAGAAAAGCAGAGGGACUUGGACGCGGCAAGCGGAAGCGAGCCACCGUGAAUUACCAAACGCUCCGCGAGGACGAUGAUGCCGUUGAUCCUGACCUGAUGAUGUCCUCCCCGGUCAAAGCUCGUAAGACAGGCGACAGUGACGUCGAGUUUCAGGGAGUCGAUGAACUCGAAGAAAGUGACUUUGCAGGGGAUGCAGAUGCUGUUCAGGACACAGCCGAUAUUCAAGAGACCCUGCCUCCUCAGCGAUUGAAGACUGCUCCUUUCCAGCGUGUCCAGUCCCCACCACCUCAACCAACUUUUGGCUUGGAUGGCACUUCGGAUCUCCUGCCCCCUCAGUGCAUUGCAUGCAAUCAGCACCACUUUCUCGGCCUUUGCCGCCUGAAGCAAGCAGGCCUCGAACAUUGCCCGCUGUGCGGCCUCGCGCACUUUGGCGGAAGACGUGCAUGCUCGCACUUCCAUUCUGAAACCCAAGUUCGUCGCAUGUUGGAGGCCUUGCGGCAGAGCACUGAAGACCGACAGCUUGUUUCUGCAGCUAAGAAAUACUUGAGGGGUGUUCUCGGCCACCUUCAGGCUGCCAACAAUAAGGCAAGGUCGGCCAUGAUUGAUCUCAGCUCGGACAACCCGGCCCUAACGACUACCUCCCAGGCCCCGACUGGCGACGCCGCUCCUUCUGAUAUUACUAGCUGCAAUCCUGAGUCGUAUCAAAAUCCAUACGCUCCUUUUUCCAUGCAUACACAAGGCCCAUGA